UGUCGGGCGCUGGUUGUCAUUGCAGGAAAAGGAUCGUUGCAUUUCUACCCUAAAACGCUGGAAUUCUUUAAAAUUUAAUGCUUUUCUAUGGAUUUAGUAUAAUCAAAAACGUUGUACUUAUUAAUUUUAAUUAUGUUCUGGAGCGCCAAUUAUAUAGUAGUUAGGGAGUUGAAGUGUCUCUUAAAAGAGGAGAACGUUACGUUAACCCAAGUCUUAGAGGCGGAUGACAUUCUCCAAGAAUGCAAAGCAGACAACAAAGAUUUAAUACAGUUUUUAACAAGACCAGACAUACUUGCUGAGCUAAUAACUCUUAUCACAGAGGAACCACCAAAAAAUGUUGAGCUCUCAUCGCAAUACAGACACGCCAACAUAGCCAGCGAGGUUCUCACAAGCAACCUAUCUAUGCUGAGGGACCGGUUAUCUAUGGAAGCCACUCAGAUGAACAGGCUUUGUGACUUUGUGAAUAAGGAUCCUCCGUUAAAUCCACUGCUGGCUUCUUACUUCAGCAAGACUAUAGAAAUGUUGCUUGAGAGGAGUCCAAAGCAGGACUGGUACCUGCAUCACAUAGUGUGCCUGCAUGUGUUGGACAUGUUCAAGUCACGGCGGGACUUCCUGCCUAACCUGCUCCGCCACAUAUCCACGUCAGCCAUUUCAGACACUUUCAAUUGCUUCUUACAUCUCGGCAGCCCUUUCAAUAAGAUAAUAUUGGAGUGGCUGGACGAGCACCAGUUCCUGGAGAGCCUCAUACAGAUCAUCUGCGGCACGUACGACCACGAGGAGGCGCUGGCGGCGACCACGCCCGCGCCGGAGCUAGCGCCGGAGCCCACCACGGAGCCCGCGCCUUGCAAGCUGGACUCCAACCACAAUGCCGAGGCCGACACCGCGCCCGCGCCGCCGCCUGAGGUGGGCGACAGCAAGACGCCAGCGGCCGACACCAACGGCGAGACCGACGCCCUCGCCGCCGACGAGCCCAGCGCGGCCGAGCGCGAGGCGCGCGCCGAGCGCCUGCGGGGCGUGGCCGCCGCCAACGCCGCCGCGCUGCUGUGCGACAUCGCCGUGGACGCCUCGUCCGUGGACCCCUUCAACAACGAGUGGUACGCGGGGCGGGCCGUGGCGGCGCGCCUGCGCGGCGAGGAGGCGGUGCGGCGCCUGCUGCAGGGCGUGUUCACGAGCCCGGCGCGCGCGCGCCGCCCCGCGCUCGUGCACGCCUGCCGCCUGCUGCUGGCGCUGCUGGCCGCGCCCGCCGCGCCCGCCGCGCCCGCCGCGCCCGCCGCGCCCGACGGCGCGCAGGCGGGCGAGGCGUGCGCGGAGCACGGCGCCGUGGAGCGCGCCGUGGCGCCGCACCUGCCGCUGCUGCACCACGCGCUGCUGCGCGACGCGCCGCGCGGGCCCAGCGCGGGCGCGGGCGAGGCCGCGGAGGCCACGACGGUGGGCGCGGCGCGGGUGGCCGUGGCCACGCUGCUGGCGCGGCUGGCGCUGUCGGAGGUGGACGACGUGCCCACGGCGCUCAUCAGCCUGGGCACGGCGGGCGUGCUGGUGGACAUGCUGUUCGAAUUCCCGCACAACAACUUCCUGCACGCGCAGGUGUGCGCGCUCGUGCGCAACGCGCGCGCCAACCGCCGCUUCUCGCACCGCUACACCGCGCACUUAAUAGAAGAAUGUAACCUGCUAACGAGAUUGAUGGAUGCGUUUGAAGAAAAUGAAGACAAAUGCGGCGGCGGCGUGCGCGCGGGCUACAUGGGCCACGUGGUGGGCGUGCUGCGCGCGCUGGACGCGGCGCCGCCCGCGCUGCCCGCCGCGCUGCAGCGGCGCUGGGACGCCUUCCGCGAGCGCAGCCUGCGGCCCCUGCUGCAGCGGCACGACACGCCGCUCGGCGGUGUCCAUCCGCGGGAGAACAUGUAUGAGGUGGGCGCCAACAUCCAGGAGCACAUGGACAGCAUGGCCGACACGCUGGAGGACAGCUAUGACUUCAACGAGACGGCAGCCAGCUUCGAUGAGGGUGCGGAGGUCUGCGAGCCGCUUGCCGAGCCGCUCGCCGAACCGCUCGCCGAUGAAACGCGUGAAGAACAAAUGGACAGAAUGCAGCAGAAUAAAACGAACUAUUUCCUGGAGCUACUCAAGACAAGACGUUCCAUGUUCGAUGACGAGCUGUGGGACGACGCCGAGCCGGCGCCGCACUCGCUUCAGCACGACUCGCCGUGGGAGGGCGCGGGCGGCGGCGCGGGCGGCGGCGAGGAGGGCUGGGCGCAGUUCGACGCCUUCGCGGAGCCGGCGCCCCCGCCGGACCCCUUCGCGCCCGCGCCGUACUGGACGCCGCCCGCCGAGUCGCAAAGCCAAAGUGGCCUAGAGCGAGGGCAGAACGCGCCGGCCGGCAGCUCCGAGGACGAGUUCAUAGACUCGCUCAAGAUGCUGGCGCAGAAGAUGUUCACCGCCUUCCAGAACAUGCCGCCCGAAGACGCCGCCGCGCUGGCGCUCGGCGACUUCCCCCUCGGCGACGCCCAGGCGCGGCCGCUGGCGUCCCGAGACGCGCUGCACUCUGGGCGGGCGCCCGGAGCUCUCGACCCCGAACACGAAGCUAGAGAUCCUUUGGAAGAUUCCGACGGGGAAAGUUCCCGCGAAAAUACGGAGGAAAACUCCAAUGUUCAAAACCCCCCGUCGAAUAUUCCCGACGAAACCGGCAAUGUUCAAAACGACUUAUCGAAUGCUCUUGAAGAAAACCCCAAUGUUCGAAACCUCCCAUCGAAUGCUUUGGAGGGAAACCCAGAUGAACAAAAUUCUACCCUAAAUAUUGAAGAAAAUCCUAAUGUACAAAAUUCCCCAAUGGAAAGUGAUGCGACAAAUGUCCAGGAGUCCCAAAGCCCUUCGCCUAGUAUCCCGGAUGCCCCGAAGGAUUCCCCUCAUUCCCCCGAGGCCCUCGAGUCGCGCGCGCCUCCCGCCGAUAGGUGAUCGUUCCCCCCCGCGCCCGCCGCGCCGCCCCCCGGCACCCCGUUCCUAAUCCGCGAUUUCAACGUUACCCACUACUGAACACCCGAUGCUAACUGACAUGGAGCCUUGACUGAAAGUUUGUAACUGAAGCGUCCGUUGAUCCGUGCCGGAACACCAAAAUAUACUUUUGACGUCUCCACACUGUGACCGCCGCCAAAUCUAAUAACCACCGUUUACCCAAAGAGUUGCACUCGAGGCUCAUUUCGUAGCGGGCAACGCACGAACUUAUUGUAUGCGUGCUCGCAGAUCUAUCAGGGAUGUGCACGUAGAGCGGGCCGGGCGCGGAGGCCUAGCGCGCGGGCGAGCGGUCAUGCGAGGCCUGCAGCGGGCGGCGCGUACACUCGGAAGGCGAACGCGCGCUCUCGGCGCGAUGGCGCAUCCGACGAAUAGUCCAAUGCGGAAGAUAUUCGGUGAGACGUUUCAUACCUCAGAAUGUUAUUGUAAUAGUUCAGACGGCGUAGAGUGAUUUUUAAAUGUAUAUGUAUACACUGUAUGUAUAUAUUAUGUAACAAGUUGAUCUGUGAUUACGGGAACGUACAUUUUUAUCACAAUUUUUCAUUUGAAAUUUUACUGUACAUCUAUUUUUUAUUUUCUUAGCUAACUUCUAUUUUUUACACAUUUCCCGAUGACGAAUAGACAUUCAAUGAAAUAGGGCUCUAAGAUAAAAUAAAUGUUACAAAAUAACGGUCCAUUGAAAAUAAUUAUGCUAUUUGAACUUUGUAACCACUAGGUAAUUUACUAGGGUAUCGAUAUAACUACAUUUUAAAUAAUCUAUUACCAAAAAUUGGAUCUUCUGCUAAGAUUACAUUUCAAUAAGAGUUUAAUAAUAAUAUUAUACAAGCCUUCGAACGCGACGACGUUGACGCGCAGUGGACUGCGCGUGGAAACAUCUUCAUGUGCGAAGGCCCUUUAGGUGGGAUUUUCGAGGUUUCUUAGCGCGAAGAAUUAUGGGAACAAUGACGUUCCUACGGAGAAAAUGAUGUUUUUGUAUAAGUGAGAGAGCUUAAAAGUAAUCGUAGAUGUAAUGACGAUGUACUGUGAUGUCGGAUGCGUGUACAUAGCUAGCGCCGUGUAGAUAGCCUCUGCGCCGCUGCUGGGACGCUUCGCGGAGCUGCUUGAUACUCCAUCGGAACCUUGUCGCCGGUGCUCCUAGACUGCGACAGCUUAGUUCCAGAUGGUCCGUAGCGGUAACUCCCAAGAAUUUACAUAAAAUGUGUCUCAAGCACCUCCCGAAAUCUCCCACUGAGGUCAACGUUCAGAUUUGAUAGUGUCGAUACAAAAAUCAAUUAAUUAAUAGAUAUCCUGGCGCUGUAUCCGUCGCCGUGUCUUAUUUCCAGUGAUUUUAAUUGUAAGUAAAUUUUAUUCGAUGUUAUUCGGCAGGUUAUCUCUAGUGAUCUUACACGUGUUCAAUAUAUUCGAUGUAGCUGCAUGCGACGGCUUGGUGCGGCCGCGGCCGAGGCGCGGGACUCCUUAUAGAUACAAUUCAGGGAAUUCUGAUACUUCUCGUCCAAUUGGUAAUUGGUCCAUUUGGCCGAAUAAUAAUGAAUUCUAUAAAACAGUUUUUUCACUCUCCGCGGAUUUAAAUUCAAAUUCAAAAACUGUCGCGUUGACAGUAAAAUCCGCUGUCAACUUAACAUUUUUGUAUGAGACGCGGAUGUUUGUUGUUUCGGUCUCGCUGUUAAUGAAAUAUUAUUUUGAGUAGUAUUAUAACUUCUUACGUGAAUCGUAUGUUUCUACUCCAAUUUGUAUUCGCGAAGUGUUCACUUGAAUAGUGUCGCGAGAGGUUCAGAGAAUAAUAACGUUUUAUACCUGACUACGGUGCCUUUAUUUGUGAUACUUACGCGCGUAGAAUUCAACAAUUUAUACUGAACUUCACUAUGAUCACUAUUUUGCACUUCCAUUAUUCACUGUCUAUAUGAAAUCGCCUUGAGUAAAAAUAUUUAAGUUAAGAAUUUAUUUUAGCUGUUGUUUGACACAUGUUCUAUCUUCUUUCAUAACAUAUUAUAGCAGUUCUAUAUCUUUCUCUGUCUUCUGCAGUGCUGUCUCUCCGGCACUGACUAGCCUACCUACACAAAAUGAAUUUUGCGCGACACUAGUUUCUGAUGCGCGAUUUGUUUCAUAGGAAUCAUAUCGAAUAAUAUAAUAUCAGUGAACAUAUCGAUAUCGUAUUAUAUCGAGGCGAUACAUCCGCUGUGGGCUCGCGAUAUAUCGAGUCGCAGAUACGUUGAUUAGUAAGCGAUUUAUUAUUAUGUAUUGUUAAAGUGAAGUAUUAAAGUAUUAUGUCGUGCAUAUGCAAAUGUUAUUUGUUGAAGCAAAAAAAGAAACGCAAGGUGUUUUGAGUAACUAUCAAAAAAUGUACUUUAUAUUAUAUUUGGUUAUAAUAUUGAAAUUAGAGUAUACAAUAAAUGAGAUAAUGUUACGGUUUUAAAGUGGCCAUCACUUCAAUACCAACUCUGGUGGUCUUAUUUUGUUUUAUUGUUAUUCUUGACAAAUAUUCCAAUAAUUUAAAUAAUUUUAAAAUUAAUAUUCUAGAAUCAAAAUGCUGACCGCAUUUUCGUAUUGAACAGCCAAGCUGAUUCUUUGGCUAACAAAUGCGACAGCCUUCUACCAGAAAAGGCAAUAAACCCGAUUGAAAUGUCUGGGUCAAAGUUCGAUCUGGAAAUUAUAUGAAAUGCCAAAUAGGUCCACAGAAUUAAGAACAUAUAGAAACCGUGUACACGACUUAUAUUGCAAGGCAUCAAAAACCGCUCCACGUUAUUAGUGUUUCUCGUACAAGCGGUUCGUCACUUCAUUCCAUUGAGCAGUUG